UUUCUCUUCCCGGUAAUCUGGCCAGCAGGGGGGCAAAAUGUUUAACUUUUCUGACAUAUUUUGAGAUUUACCGUAUUAUAAAGAGUUACCAGUUUACUUUUAGUCAGCUAAAAUGUUUGCGCUUCAGUGAAACUUAAAACCAUCUGAGCGCAGGGACAGAAAGUUUGGCACAAAGGCAUUUUGAAAGGGGUGUUGCAAGCUGAACUGGCAACCGACAGUCCCAGGGCAGGUCCUGCCAUUGCGUCGCCAAGAGUCCGGAGGCUGAGGUUUGUGUGGACAUUUCUGGGAAAGCCUCCACGGCUCCGUUUUGCCAAGGAGAACCUGGGAAGAAGCACGCUUUUUUCCUGCACAGACUCAGCGCAGGUUUCCAGUGCAGCUCAGAGUCAGCCUGCUCACAUUUCUUGCAUUUUGUCGGAGGUUCCUCCUUCGUGCACCCAGACGAUCUCCUUACAGUGUGUUGGAAAUAAAAACCGCCCGAGGAUUAAUUUGAUAGGUUAAUAAGUUAAUAGAGUGAAAGCGUAAGAGUGUAUUUUGGAGAUGUGACGUGGUCCAAAACUUUUCGCCGAAAGACUUCAUUCAUUUUGUCCGGUGAUUGAGGAUUUAUUUCAGAAUUUUGGAUGUUUGUAUAACAGAGAUGCUAUAUACUCCUAAUCUUCCUGGGAUUAUACUUGAAAACGGAAGUGGUCCGAGAUGAAAUUCUGGGUAUAACUGUUUACGCACGACUAAUUCUUCUCUUAUUCGCAAAAACAGAGCAGUGAGGUGGUUUUCGUCAGCAGAGAGCAUGCUCUGAAACAUCACUGGCAGACUAUUAUGUGCCGAUCCUGUACCUACCCUUGUCUUCAUCUGGAAUUAAUUGAUUAACAACCUCAAAUGCUCUAAAGACGCGUAAGGAUCACGGGUCCACCACUGGAUCUUUUUCUUUCCCUCGGUGAGUGUUUAGCCUACUUUAUCUGACAUCUCGCCAAAAUGUGGAGGGCUUUUCUACUUAGUUUAGCUCUGAUUUAUCUGCUGACCUGCACAGGCGACGCCGACAAACAGACUUACCUCAGGCGUCUGCAAUUGCACCGAUUAGGAAGGAGAACUGGGCGUUCUCAGCUGGGCGCAACGGACAAGGAGCGCCUCGCCGGGCGUGUGCGCCCUGGAUUUGGUUCGGCAAUCUCGGUGCACAGUUACAAAAGGGGGGAAGAUGUUCAGGCUGAUGAGGGUACCCCAGUUGCAGGGACUAAGCAGGGCAGGAGAACAGGAGGUAUGGGUCUGGUGAUAAGGAGAGGGGCGGCUAGGCAGAUUGGCCUGCCCCGUCAGUCGGGCAUGCUGCAGGAUGAAGGCACUCCAGGAGCGAGAGCCAGGAUUGCCCGGAUGCCCGGCGGCGCCGGGUCACCUAAUCUGCUGGCGAGUUUUGCAGGGAAGAACCGGGUCCUUGUGAUCUCGGCACCUCACGAGUCAGAAGGCUACUACCGAAUGAUGAUGUCUCUACUGAAACCAGAUGUGUACUGCGAGCUCGCUGAGCGACACGUCCACCAGAUUGUCAUGUUUCACCAGGAGGGCGAGAUGGGGGGCAAGGUGAGGAGGAUCACCACAGAGGGCAAGGUGAUGGAGGAGCCGCUGGACACCGCACUGAUCCCCAGACUCAUGAGCUUCCUCAAACUUGAGAAAGGCAAGUUUGGGAUGGUGCUGCUGAAGAAGACCCUACAGGUGGAAGAGAGGUACCCCUACCCUGUGAGGCUGGAGGCCAUGUAUGAGGUGAUUGACCAGUCGCCUAUGAGGAGGCUGGAGAAGCUUCGCCAGAAAGGCUUCGUCCAGAAGUGCAAAGGAGCAGGUGUGGAGGGCCAGGUGGAGGAGGGCACACUCACAGUAGACACACCAGUAGAAAGGAAACCAUGGAAGAAGAUCCCAAGAAAGCCCGGACACACCUCAACAACCACAGCUGCCACAACCACCACAACAACAACUACACGACCUACCACAACUACAACUCGGUCCACAACGACUACCACAACAACCAGAGCGACAACAACCACAACCAAAGCGACAACAACAACAACUACCAAGCCCACUACAAGAAGAACCACCACUACUACCACAAAACGACCAACUACCACCACCCAGGCACCAACCAGGGCCCACACCACAGCCCUGUGGCUGCCGGCCCCUAGAACCACUGCUGAUCCUUACUACUACAACCGCAGAGAGAGGGAGAGGUACCCAGCCAAAACCACCCCGGCUGGAGAUAACCACACUGACAAGGACAACAGAGAUCCACACAGCCGCAAGCAGGCCGGGCUGGUACCUGCCACACGGAGGAUCAAACCCACCAAGAGGAAGAAUGGAGGAGAGAAGGUGUUGACUAAUGAGUACGAAGACAAGUAUGAGCCCAGCAAGCCAACAGUCAGUGACCCUGAGGAGGCGGAAAUCUUCACUGACGUCAGUCCCACCAAGAGGGUCAAGGGCAAGCAUGACAAGCAUGACAAAAAGAAGAAAAAGAAUGACAAGGCAAGCAAGAAAGCAGAGAGGAGAGGAGGAAAGGCUGGGAAGGAGGGGAAGAACGGGUUGAAGAAAAAUGGAAAGAAGCUAUCAAAGUACGCUGAGAAAGAUGACUACCCGAAGCCCACUAAAAAGCCAACGCCCCCUCCAAAGGGAUCGCUGGCCUCCUUCCUGGAGUACUUUGAGAACAGAAGGCGGCUGCUGCUGAUUACGUCCCCCAGUGAGGAGAACAGUAUGUAUGUUCAGCAGAGGGAUGAGUACCUGGAGUCUGUGUGUGAAAUGGCCAUCAGGAAAGUCUCCAUCAUCACCAUUUUUGGCUCCCUGAUCAACUCCACCAUGAAAAUUGACCACUACCAGCUGGAGAAUGAUAAGCCUAUGAAAGGUCUUCGUCAGGAGGACCUGGUGAACCAGGAUCUGAUCACAGAGCUGAGGAAAGAGUUUAGCAUGACGCAUGAUGACUUCUACAUGGUCCUCACAGACACCGACAUGAGAGUCAAGCAAUCCUAUGAGGUUCCCAUUGCAAUGAAGGCUGUAUUCGACUACAUCGACACUUUCUCCUCCCGCAUCCGAGAAAUGGAGCAGCAGAAGAGAGAUGGCGUCGAGUGUAAGAAAGAAGACAAGCCCAGAUCGUUGGAGAACUUCCUCUCCAGGUUCCGCUGGAGACGUCGCCUGUUCAUCAUCUCCGCCCCCAGCGACGAGGAGUGGGCCUAUCAGCAGCAGCUCUACGCCCUGACCAGCCAGGCCUGCAACCUAGGUCUGAGGCACAUCGCCAUUCUGAAGUUGGUCGGCACGGAGCCGACGGAUAUGGGCGGAGUGUUGGAACUCUAUCCUAUCAAUGGAACUGCUACAGUGGAGCGUGAAGGACUGUCAGCCACCCUGGUGAAAGACAUGAGGAACUACUUCCAGGUCAGCCCAGAGUACUUCUCCAUGCUGCUGGUCGGGAAGGACGGCAACGUUAAGUCCUGGUACCCUUCACCCAUGUGGUCCAUGGCUAUCAUCUACGACCUGGUAGACUCUAUGCAGCUACGCAGACAGGAGAUGGCCAUCCAGCAGUCACUUGGCAUGCGCUGCCCUGAAGAUGAGUACGGUGGCUAUGGCUACCAUCAGCACGGUUACGAACACGGUUACCAGGAUGGCUAUCACCAAGGCUAUGGCUACUAAUAGGUUUAUGGGUGUGUGCUAAUCAUGAUUGCACAACCUAACUCCUCCAUCUGCCUUGCAGCUGGUGCUUGGCGCUAUCGGUCCUCUUCCUUUGACCCAUAACCUUUUUUCAUCUUUUCUACCCAUCCUCCAACAGGCAGUUGGCUCAGAUGAAGUGAGGUUCUUGAAUGUUUUGUAGCACUUAGUGGAAGCCUCAAAACUGUUGCUUUCACCUAUCCAGUUCUUAAAUAUAUAGAAUAGUAUGCUGCAAGUAACGGUCAUUUGCAAGAGGCUUUAAUCAGAGCUGGUUAGUCAGUAAAUGUGUAGAGGAGCCUGGAGGUUCAGGGAUCUGUUGUGUACUUAGUUUUUGUUUUGUUUUUUGCAGUUCCAACUUCAAACAAAGUGUGUUUUGCACAUCAUAGUAUCUGUCUCCUUCACUUGCCUUCCAGGUCAUCUUCAUGUUAUCAGCACAGACCUUUUUAUUUUGUAGAUAAUGGGCUAAAAUAAGACAUAUAUGUAUUUAUUGGACAUCUGUUGCAUUUCAGGUACAGUUAUCGAUUAUUUUAUGAAAAGCUGUCACAUUAUUGCUCUUUUGUAAAGUUUCUUAUUUAUACUCUAUUGUGCUAUAUGACAAAUAAACAUUUGUUUAA